CGGUUGUGGGCAGUCACCGGUUGUGGGCACCCCCAAUUUUUUUUUGACAGAUUCCAAAAAUGGCGAAUCUGAGUAUGAGCGAUUGUGUAUUUUGACAGUCCAUCACUUUCUGCUACAACACCGAAGUGAAAAGACGCGUUUGUUAAUGUUUUACGAAAAUCGGAAAAAAAAUUGGCUAAAAAUUUACUUUGAGAAGAUUUCAGAUUUUUUUUGAAGUGUUAUAAAGUGAAGUGAUAAACAUCAAAAAGGUGAGUUUUAUGCAUAUAUGUGUAGGAUUUUCGAUAAAUUAUAUGAAUCAACACCGUAUCCGAGCAUUUGUUGAUCACCGAAAAAUUUUUAUGCUCACUUUCAAAAUGGCUGCCAUUCCCGGUUGUGGGCACCCGUUUGUAUCCGGUUGUGGGCACUCUUUGUUUUCGCUUGAAACACUUGUUUUUGAGCUAGAGAGUGCUAUAUAUCGUGGUUUUUGUUAUUUGUUUGGGUUUUUAAUUCAUUUUUAUGGAUUUUUUGCCAUGUCAACUGCGAAAAAGUCAACUGAACCGAAAGCAAUUGAUAUAAAUGCCCUGGUAAAGGCCAUUAAGGAUUGCUUGAUCGACAAGAAGCAAAUCAAAACGACUGCACGGUCCCAUGAUCUUCCUCGUAGCAGUUUGCAACGCUAUCUGAAGAAAGUUGAAGAAAAUUAUGAAGACCUCUCAGCCGUAGCAGAUGAUGAAUUGACGGAAUUUGUUCGUGAUUGCGGUCAACGUACGCCAUCUAAUAUGGUUUUCACCAUUGCCCAAGAAAAGGAACUUGUUGACUACAUUUUCAAAUGCGUGAAGCAUUAUUAUGGCCUGAGCAUAACCGAGUUGCGUGAAUUGGCUUAUCAGCUUGCCAAGAAACUCGCCGUCGACUAUCCGGCGAAUUGGGAUGAAGAAAUGAUGGCUGGUCGUCAUUGGUAUUACAAUUUUAUGCGCCGCCACCGUCAGCUUGUGUUGCGUACGCCCGAACAAACGUCGCUCAAUCGUGCAAAAGCGUUUAGCAAGACCAACGUCGAUAAAUUUUUUGCAAAUUUUGAUGUUCUUUUGACUGAAUACAAAUUCAAUGGACACCAAAUUUACAAUAUGGAUGAAAGAUGGACUGUGCCAUCAAAGAUUGGAAAAGUGAUUGCGUUGAAGGGCAUGCGGCGAGUUGGCCAAAUGGAAGGCGCCGAAAGAGGCACAAUGGUGACGAUGGCGUUGACUGUAAACGCCGGCGGUAACAGCAUCCCGCCAUUUUUCCUCUUCCCGAGAAAGAACAUGCAAACCAGCUUUUUGGACAAUGUCUCAUCCGGGACAGCUGGUUUUGCAAAUGAUUCUGGUUGGAUGUGCCAGCCAGAGUUUGUGCGUUACAUGCGUCAUUUCAUUACUUUUGUCCAACCUUCGCAGGCUUCUCCUGUGGUUUUGCUUCUUGACAACCAUGCAUCGCAUCUGUCGGUAGAUGCCAUCGAUAUGGCCGUUGAAAAUAGUAUCCAUAUUAUUUCGUUCCCGCCGCACUGCAGCCACAGAUUGCAACCUUUGGAUGUAUCUGUAUUCGGACCGAUAAAGUCGUAUUAUAAGUCGCAAUGUUCCGCAUGGCAAAAAAACAAUGCAAACACGCCAUUGGAAAUCCGUCAUAUUGCUGGCCUUGUUUGUAAGACUCUUGAUCUCGCUUUGACACCAAAAAUUAUCAAGUCUGGCUUCAGUGCGACCGGCAUUUUUCCAUACAAUCCGGACGUUUUCACCGAUGCUGACUUUGUUCAAGCUGUUGAGCAAAACAAAGAAGAAGUUGCCUUGGACGUUGGCAUUGGUGAAGAGGAUCAGCGUCGAAUCGUCGUUGGGCCAGAUGUUGGACGUGAGGAAGUUGUAACCAGUUCAUCUGAACCAACAACAUCUAGAUCGUCUUCGAGAAUAUAA